GUCCCUCGCUAACUCAUAUUCCACCUUCAACAGUGAUACUAAAAUCACCUGGCAUACACGGAAGUAUCAAGUUUUGAUUUCUUAAGUGAACCAAACAUGGAAGAGUCCUCCAAGGCGGUUAGUUUAACAGUUGAGUCACCACAAGCUGAAGCAAAGCCUCCUCACGAGGCUGUGUUCCUCGUUUUGGCAUAUCUUCCAGUGUACGAGAUUGUGGUCAUGUCUCAAGUUUGCAUAUCAUUAAGGGAUGCAGUGAACAACGACAUAUUACCAUGGUUGAAUGUUAUUGUCGAAAGGCCUCUGAGUUGGCGACUCAAUGAUGAGAUUCUGAUGAAAAUCACCUCCAAGGCCAAUGGUAGGCUCAAAACUCUGGCUCUCAUCAACUGCAUGCACGUUACCGACGAGGGACUCCAAAGGGUCGUGAAACAAAACCCUCUCAUAAGCAAGCUCCAUAUACCAGCAUGCACAGGCAUAACCCCUGAAGGGGUUAUAAGAGCCAUGAAAACACUAUGCCAAAGAAGCAAUUGCUUAAAAACCUUGAGUAUAAACGGUAUCUGCAACAUAGAGAAGGAAGAUCUAGACUUGCUUACCAUGUACCUCAGAAAGAACAUACCAUUACAGGAACAGCAAAAGCAGCAGCCUGUCUACUAUCACCAACGUGGUAGCUUUUCUUUAUUGAAACAUGAAGAAAGCCAGAGGCUUAUUGAUUUAGAGAUUUGUCCCAGGUGCUUUGAGGUGAGGAUGGUUUAUGAUUGCCCAAAAGGGCACUGCAUGAGGAAGGAAUGGCCCCUAGCUCAAUGUAGGGGUUGCAACUUUUGCAUUUCAAGGUGUGAAAACUGUGGUGGAUGCAUUGAAUCCGGAGAGGUAGAAGAGGGAGCUUGUGAAGAUAUCUUGUGCCUUGAAUGUUGGUUACAGCUUCCCAAGUGCAGUUUCUGUAACAAACCAUACUGUAAGCAACACACAAAUUGGUGGCGCACUUCUUCAGAGUCUUCAUUGAUCUGUAAAGUUUGUGAUGAAAAUUCUCAUGGAUAUACGUAUACUGAUGUUCUAUAAUGAAGUGCAACUCGGGAUAAGUUUCAACUAUCAUGCAUCACACAAUCGAGUUCCUGUAACUUGUACAAAGUUUAUAGCAGUGAAUAAAUUAUUGCUGAUGAUUAUUUGCAUUCA